CGAGCAGCACCAGCCACAGCAGCACUUUGAGCAACGUAAGGUUUGACAAGACUAACUGUCUCGAGGCCAGCCACCUUCCCACUGCGCUGUCCAGCAGCCAGUCAGCACCGUCCUGGAGGGAGACACAGCAACAUGGCCUCAGCUCCAGCACAGCAGCCCACCCUCACUGUUGAACAGACCAGAGUGGUACUGAGUGAGGUGAUCCAGGCCUUCUCAGUACCAGAAAAUGCAGCACGGAUGGAGGAGGCUCGAGAAAGUGCCUGCAAUGACAUGGGAAAGAUGCUGCAGCUUGUGCUACCAGUGGCCACCCAAAUUCAGCAAGAGGUUAUCAAAGCGUACGGCUUUAACAAUGAAGGAGAGGGUGUCCUAAAAUUUGCCAGAUUGGUGAAGAUGUAUGAAACCCAGGACCCUGAAAUCGCAGCCAUGUCAGCUAAAUUGAAGUCUCUCCUCUUGCCUCCACUAUCGACACCGCCUAUAGGAGGUGCCAUUCCAGCUUCAUAGGAUUUAUUUACAUUGACUCACUGGUCAACUGCAAUGUCACUUUCAAGUGAUGCCUAUGGGAGCAACAUUUACAUUCUUUUAUUCCUAUUUUUGUCUUUUAUUUGCUUGUACUUUUCUCGAGGAAAAAAUGGAAUUUACUCAAACACUAAAACGUUCCAACAAAGGUAAAAUUUGCAUCUCAUCGUUUAUUAAAAGCAUGCUUGAUAAGAUUUGUUAAAUUAUUGCUUUAUAAAUGUUUCAAUAUUUAUUUUUCAUGUUACACUUUGGCCAUUUUCUUUUGCCACUGAACCUUAACCCAAACCUUUGUUUUUUUGUAAUUUUUUUACACCAUUUUAUAUGCUGUCAAUUGUAUCCAAUGUCAUUCUUUUGUUACAUAUUAAAAGGUUUUAUGUGA